CGCUUGCUCAUGUCCCGGAUGUACCUACAUUUUAGUAGAGGAACAAAAAAUGGGCUCAUUAUCAAGCUUCACCAAACCGUUUAAAUUAUCCCCACACACGAUUAUUGUACAUGUAUGAGGACCAGACCGCAGUUUUGAGCAGAGUCCACGUCCAUAGUCUCCGUGUCUGUAAAGAGAUUCAUGAAAUUGAAGAGAGUGAAGUUGGAGGUGAGAGUUGCGGGCCAAGUGUGUUGACACAGUUCAGGCUGCUUCACACUGCUGACAGGGCCUUCCGCCAUCCCCCUCACCCAUCAUCUGCCUAGUGAAGAGUAAUGACCUCACAGCAGCAUGGGAAUGCCAACCCUGCCCUCCUAUCACCACAGAACUCUUCAUCCAGUCAGGGCAGGCAACACAUCUCUCGUUCCCCGAUAGACUCGUAUUCCCGCUCGGGGCUUUCCUCUCCUCGGAGAGGCUGGGUUGCAGCUUCCUUAUCCGCAACAGCUCACGGUAACUCCCUUGCACUCUCUCUAAGCCGAUUGGGUCCGGCGUCUUGCAGUAAUUCCUCCUCAUCUCGGAGACCUGCAUCUGGCCGGGUGGAGCCGUGGCCAGAGGAGGCUGUGGACGACGCGUAUGGGCUUUACUCUCUUCACCGCAUGUUUGAUAUUGUGGGCGCGCAGCUGACGCACCGUGAUGUACGUGUGCUGUCCUUCCUUUUUGUGGACGUUAUUGACGAGUACGAGAGAGGAGGGAUACGGAGCGGGCGGGAUUUCCUGCUUGCGCUGGAGCGUCAGGGGCGAUGUGACGAGACAAACUUCCGGCAUGUUCUUCAGCUGCUCCGCAUCAUCACUCGCCAUGACCUGCUGCCGUACGUUACGUUACGCAAGAGACAGACAGUGUGCCCAGAUCCAGUGGAUAAAUAUCUGGAGGAGACAUCAGUCCGUUAUGUUUCUCCCAGAGGAGCAGUAGAGGCCCAUCAGGGAACUCCUCACAGAAGAACAGGACCCCAGCCAUUGAUCUGCUGUCCUCCAUCAGGACCCCAGGUGUGCCCACCACGUGCUAAACCCACCCCUCCUCCACCGAACAGGAAAAGGAAGAGAUCUCACAUGACAGCUGACUGCAGAGAAAAACAGACCUGUGACAUACGACUGAGGGUGCGUGCGGAGUACUGUCAGCACGAGUCGGCUCUACAAGGAAACGUCUUCUCCAACAAGCAGGAGGCGCUGGAGAGGCAGUUUGAGCGGUUCAACCAGGCCAACACCAUCCUCAAAUCCCGGGACCUGGGUUCCAUCAUAUGUGACAUCAAGUUCUCAGAGUUGACCUACCUGGACGCCUUCUGGCGGGACUACAUCAACGGCUCACUUUUGGAAGCCCUGAAGGGCGUUUUCAUCACAGACUCUCUGAAACAGGCAGUGGGCCAUGAGGCCAUUAAGCUCCUGGUGAACGUGGAUGAGGAAGACUACCAAGCUGGCAGGAGGAAGUUGCUGAGGAAUCUAGUGGCAGGAGGUGCCAGUGCAGGGACAGGGAGCAGGGAGGGUCCCUUUUCCUAGUGGUGGGAUUGACUCGGUAAGUGGAGGAAAUUCAGAGAGACCCUGAUGAGAGAUUGAACACUAUUGAAAAGGUAUACAUGGGGGAAGGGAAAGAAGAGUGAGGAAUGUAAGCAGAGAGGAAUUGACUCUAAAAAGAAAGAGACCCUACAGGCGGCUGGAAUUUGCAUGUGGAUGGAAAGAGGUGUUAAAAGUGUUCUGGAAAGUUUUAUUUUGAGUAUCUCAAGUUGUGGAAAUAAAAGAUGAAGGGAGAAGUAUCGGACAAAGAAGGCAUUUAGUUUCUUUUGUCUUUAUUCCUGCGUAAUUGACACUAAUGCUUUUGUUUUUAGGUUUGUGUGAAUUAGUUUUUUUUUUGUGCUACUUUUCCAUUUAAGUCUUGUUGCACAGCCAUUUGCUCUUAGUGAAAUACUCUUGGUUAAAUGAAAUGUUUGCCUCAACGUUUAACAAAGAGGACAGGUUGCAUAAGGUUUAAUUGACUGAUUUGCCUUUAAAACAUCACAUGCUUCAAUUCAUUAUGGAAUAAUUCCUCUGUCAAUGUCGUCUAGCCAUCCAUGUUUGAGUUUUUCUGGAUGUAAACUUGCAAAAGCAGAAUCUCAGUUUCUAUGAAAAAUCACACACAAUCUUUAUCGCCCACUGCACCAUUGCACUUCACUUUGGAAUUGUGACUACUUUAAAGAGAACACAUUCUCCAUUUGUUUCAUCACUGAAGUUAUUGCACAAUUGGUUUCGUUUUAGCAAAUUCACAAGGGGACGUAGACCAACAUCUGAAGAUUCUGAAGCAUGGAGAAUUGGUUUUCAGAAUGGUUUAUGAUAUGCUUUGUUGCAGCUUGUGUUUUGCUGCAUGUCCCUGCAAUUUUCUUUUUCUUUUAGUUAUGGAAAAAACCUAAUAACGUUGGCAAAUGUUCACUCUUGUUUGAAUUCGCAACUUAAUCUGUGCUCUUUGUCCAGAAUAUUCCAAAAAGUUUAAGAUAUUUGGGCUCUAUAGGCCUAUUAAUAUCCAUGUUUGGAGCAACUUAGCUCUGCAAUUAAUCUUCGUUGUUUUUUAUUGGUUGAAUUUCUGGGCAGAGCGUUCGUUGCAUCACUAAUGGUAUAAUACAGAGAUAUGCCUUUGUAAAGUUGAAAUGCAUGUGACGGCAGUAUUGAAUUGAAUUGGCUACUUCUGUUCAGUCCACCAAAAAAAAUAAUUUGGUAGUUCUGAG